AAUUCAAAUAAAAUAAAUAAGUAUUUUUACAUUAAAUAUUAAUUGCUUUUGGUAAGAGCUUUAGAGGGGGUGAACUAGAUAAUCAAAGCUUUCAACAGGUUAUACGUAGAGCAGUUGCUGCCAUUGGAAGUUUCUCAACCACCGAUUUCUUUCCGAGUUUCGGCUGGAUCGUUGAUCGACUCAGUGGUGUUCAUGGGAGAUUGGAGAAGAGUUUUGCUGAGAUGGAUGCCUUUUUUGAACAGGUAGUUGAUGAUCGCAUCAACUUCAAGCCGACUUCUCGGAAUGAAGAAAACAUUAUUGAUGUUUUGUUGAGAAUGGAGAGAGAUAAUAACUCUCAAUUUGAUGCACUGAUCCUUACCCAAGAUUGCAUUAAAGCACUAAUCAUGGAUAUCUUUUUGGCCGGAGUGGAAACAGGCGCAAACGCCAUUGUUUGGGCAAUGACAGAGUUGAUUACAAACCCAAAGGUGAUGAAGAAGCUACAAGACCAUAUUAGAAGUUGCAUAAAGAAAGAUCGAGUGCAAGAAAUCGACCUUGAAAAGCUAACAUAUCUAAAAAUGGUAGUGAAAGAGGUUCUAAGGUUGCAUCCACCAGCCCCACUUCUACUUCCAAGAGAAACUAUGUCUCAUUUUAAGCUCAAUGAUUAUGAUAUCGAUCCCAAGGCUCAUCUUCACGUCAAUGUAUGGGCCAUCGGGCGAGACCCAGAGUGUUGGAUUAACCCUGAAAAGUUCUUUCCAGAGAGGUUUAUGGAAAGCAAUAUUGAUUAUAAGGGACUAAACUUUGAGUUAUUACCUUUUGGAGCUGGUCGAAGAGUUUGUCCUGGGAUGAAUAUGGGAAUCUUUACGAUAGAGUUGACAUUGGCUAAUUUAUUACUGUGUUUUGAUUGGAAAUUGCCGGAUGGAAUGAAAGAAGAAGAUGUAGAUAUGGAAGAAGAUGUUGGUCUUACUGUUGCCAAGAAAUCACUUCUUAAACUUGUUCCUGUCCCUUACUUGAACUAGCUAAUUAUAGUUUCUUGUUAUCCAGUGGAAUAAAAGUUGCUCAAAUGGACCACCUCUUUUAGUUAUAUUGUAAUUUAGAGUUCUAAAAUGUUUAUAUAA